AAUGCCAUCUGCCAGCACUGCAACUCCGUACCGUGGCAAACAGCCAUUCCCCGUGCAACUGUGAAUUCCGGUCUAGGAGUGAGAUAAAAUGGCAUCGCGGCGUCCGUUCCCCACGUUCGUCGCCAGCCAUCGCUGCCGCGGCACCCACGACUGCACCUGCGCCUUCUGCCAAGACUCCGCCCCCCCCGCCACAGCCGCCCCUGCCACCGGGGCACCUCCCGCCGCUGCCACCGCGGUUGCCACAGGAGCGGCACCGCGUCUGCCGUCGUUAGCGGAGGAAGCGGCUGCGUUGCGAGCCGCCGUUGAUUUUGGCGCUGCCGCCCCGGACUAUUUAGGUCGUGAGGCUGCUGAUUUAGCAGGCCGCGCGAUUGCUAUCGAUAAUUCGCUGAGGAGUUGGCCGGACGCGGGCCCGCGCAGUCAGUGUGGGUUCGGCGGAACGGUCGAGCAUCGCACAGGCGAGGGGGUCGGCGAGGCGAGGGGGGAAGAGAUGGCGACGGGGCGAGCGGGACUGACCUUCGCGACGGGAAAGAGAGGGCGAGACGUCCCCACCGUCCCCUCCUUACUGCACCUGUGUGUGGCGGAGGUGGGGCGCUACCUGCCGCACCUGCUCAGCAUGGACCCACAGGAGUUUGACUUGCGCCAAUUCGUCGCGCUGCUGCCCUCGCAUGCCAGGCUGGCACUGACAGCUGUCGCGCGUCGUCGAGGACUGCUCUCUGAUUGGCUGCUGGAGGCGCUAGUGGAUGACACGUGGCACAUUGUGGACCUGUGUGGGGCUGACGUGUCAGACGAAGGUCUGUGCCACGUGGCACGGACUUGCCCCGAGCUGGUGGCUCUAGACAUCAGGUCGUGCGAUGCAGUUUCCCUUGCCGCCCUCACCCACAUGUUCAAGGCCUGCCCCUCCCUGCAAGUGCUUCGCCUGGGCGGUUCACCUGCCUCCGACAGAGUGGCCCGAGAAGCAGUCAAGUGGAUGCUACCGCAGCAGCCAGUAAGGGGUACAGAAGGUGCAGCAACAUCUGAAACAGGGCGGGAGGCAGUAGGGGAGGAGAGGGAGGAGGAGAGGGGGGGGAGUCGACAGGGAGAGGAGGGAGGAGAGGAAGAGGGGUUUGAGGGGAGCUGGGAGGAUGUGGAGGAGCGAUUGGAGGAGAGAGUGCCUUCGUUGAGAUGGCUGGUGUGGGUGAGUGGUGCAAGAGUGUGUGCGGGGCUGUAUUUGGUGUUUUCUUGUGCCCAUUGUCAUCACACAUCCGUGGGUGCUUCCUCUUGCAGGUCUCUCAAAGGGCUCUUUGACUUGCAGAGUCCGUGUCUCACCACCAGUCCACGGAUCUGCUCAUUGCAUCUCCCCGCUGAAAGUGAUUGAACUGCAGUGUCCCUCCUGUCCUCCCGUUCUUGUCUCUCGCUCUCCUUCCUUCCCACUACCCUCACAGCCUCAAGCCGACCCCAAGUCAACAGCACUGCUCCGCCUCUGCAUCCCCAUCGGCCGGUCUAUUUCUCUCUAGCCCCCUUCUUCCUCCACCCCCUUCGCAGCCCGAAGCAGACCCCAAGUUAGCAGCCCUGCUCGCCUCCAAGUGCCCACGCAUCGUUCGUUACCCUUUAAUCCACCUUCGCCUUUGCAUCCCUGCCUAUCUCACCCCUCCCCCCUUUCUCAGCCCGAAGCAGACCCCAAGUCAGCGUCGCUGCUCGCCUCCCGGUGCCCGCGCAUCCUGCUCAACCCAGCCCCACCCUCCCCUCCUCCCUCCCACUCCCACAUCCCCACCCUCCCCUCCCCCCUCCUCUCGCGCACCCCCCUGCAAGCCUUCCCCUCUCUCCCCCUCGACUCGCCCCACCUGGAGGGGAUAUUCCCUGCUGUCUGGGAGGGGGGUGCUGGCAGGGGGGAGGGAGAGGACGAGGAGGACGACGAUGAGGAGGAGAGGGGGCGUGGGGAGGAGGGGCCGGGAGGAGAGGAGGCAGGGCAGAGGAGAGGGUUGGUGAAAGGGGGGGCGGGAGCAAAGGCAACGUGUGAACGGGAGUUGCCGGAGUUGUCGAUGGCGGAGCGCUUCAGGCUGGCGUUUGUGGCGCGGGACGAGCGCCUGGCGCCCAAGAGGGCUAAGAACCAGCGCCAGAGAACCAGGAGGGCGGAGAGGGACCGGGCGGCAGCUGACGUGGCUCUCAGGGCACGGCUGCUGGCGACUUCUGCCUCGCGGUCGCUACGGCUGUGAGGGCGUGAUUGAAGGGCGCUCCUGGAGCGGCCGCUUGCGAGCACGCAUGAGCGCGAUUCUGGACCGGAUUUGCCAUAGCAGAGCUGUGCAUGCUGGCGUUUCUGGCACGGGACGAGCGGCUGGCGUCCAAGAGAGCCAAGAACCAGCGGCAGAGGGAGAGACGGGCGGAGAGGGACCGGGCGGCAGCUGAUGUGGCAUCGUGAGCGAGAGUUCUGGCUUCAUCUGCUACCCGUUCUUUGCGCUUGUGAGGCAGCGAAGCUUGUGCAAGUAUAAGGGUGUUCAGCAGGCACUGCAUUGCACAGAUGACGAGGGUGGGAGAGGGGGGAUCUGCCGAGGAGUACCGGUACUGUAGACCUGAUCUGUUGGUAGCAGCGAGGGUCGAGAGGCUGGUGUGGUGCGCAAGAGGGCGAAGAACCAGAGGCAGAGGGAGAGAAGGGCGGAGAGGGGCUGGGGCGCUGCUGACAUGGCGCUCAGGGCACGGCUGCUGGCGACUUGUGCCGCUUGGUGGCUGUGCCUGUGAUGGACGGCGGCCCAAAAGUCACUGACUUGUCUUUGUGCCUGUGAUAGAGUGACCGGCUCAUGGCUGGAAAUCGCACUUGAAGCUGCCAUUCACUAGCAGCAGUCACGGAAGUGUGUUUGUGUUGGCACUUGGAUGGUAGUCAGCUUCCCUGGUGUGCCCGCUUGGGUGGAAUACGUAAUGGUUGAAUGAGUGAGGGAGGGAGCCGUCUUCUCUGCUCUGCCU